CAGGUGGGCCCGCUCCCGUGCGCUGCUCCGCCACCUCUCCGUCACGGAGCAGUGGAGAUGCCAACGACGGCCACCGGCGUGCCACGGGCGACGCGGCCCCACCCUGUGAGUCGCCACUGCGCUAACCACCCUGUCAGUCGACGCUGCCGGCCAUGGACGCCUCCAUCUCCUCCAGCACAUCCUCCUCACCCCCUCUCUGCUUCGCCCACAAACCUUCCUACCCGAGGCCACUCCUCAACCCCACCCCACGCGUCGCCUGCCGCCUCCGCGCCAUCUCGCCGUCGCCGUCGCCGUCCCCAUACCCACCGACGCCGCAGCAGCAGCAGCCGAUGGAGGCGUUCGGCUUCGACGCGCUCAAGGAGACCUUCUCGGUGGACGUGGCGGCGGCCGAGGCGCGCCCGCUCAACGUGCCGCUCGCCGCGCCCUUCACCAUCGCCUCCUCGCGCCUCGAGGCCGUCGCCAACGUCGCCGUGCGGGUCGAGCUCUCCAGCGGCGCCGUCGGCUGGGGCGAGGCCCCGCUCCACCACCCCGUCACCGCCGAGGACCAGCCCACCGCGCUCGCCGCCGUCGGACGCGCCUGCGCCGCGCUCGUGGCUGCCCGGAGCGCGCCCCUCGGCGCCGUGCUCCAGGACGUUGCCGAUGCGCUCCCCGGACACGCCUUCGCAUCGGCCAGAGCAGGAGUGGAGAUGGCAGUGAUUGACGCGGUAGCUAACAGCAUCCGCAUACCCUUGUGGAGAUUAUUUGGGGGAGCAUCAAACACUGUGACAACAGACAUGACGAUUCCAAUUGUGACCCCAAAUGAAGCCGCUCAAUUGGCUGCAAAAUAUCGGGGACAAGGGUUUCAAACUCUGAAGCUCAAAGUAGGGAAAAACUUGAACUCAGACAUAGAAGUUCUGAAGGCUAUACGGCUUGUCCAUCCGGACUGCUCAUUUAUCUUGGAUGCAAAUCAAGGGUACACAGCAAACCAAGCAAUUGAAGUUCUUGACAGACUAAACGAAAUGGGAGUGACUCCUGUACUCUUUGAGCAACCAGUUCAUAGAGAUGACUGGCAAGGUCUCCGUGAAGUUAGCGUCGCUGCUAUGGAGAAAUACAGAGUUGCUGUUGCUGCUGAUGAAAGCUGUCGUGGUUUACAUGAUGCUCAGAAAAUUAUACAUGGAAACCUUGCUCAUGUUAUUAACAUCAAACUGGCAAAGUUGGGGGUUCUUGGAGCCCUCGAAGUAAUUGAUGCUGCAAGAAAAGCUGGUAUUGCACUUAUGAUUGGUGGUAUGAUCGAGACUAGGAUUGCCAUGGGCUUUGCUGGUCAUCUCGCCGCUGGGCUUGGUUGUUUCAGGUUGGAUAAUUGUGAAAAUUCACUGCAAAAAAGAUUACUUGUGAAAAUUUUAUUGACCUGGACGCACCUCUUUUAUUGUCCGAAGAUCCAGUGUACGGUGGCUAUGAAGCUUCUGGACCUGUCUACAAGUUUAAGAAUGCUCGAGGCCAUGGCGGUUUCCUUCAUUUGGACAACAAUAAUGGAUGGAAAUGAAGAUGGUUAACGCACGCCUUAUCCUCCAGGAGGAACUUUAUAAAGCAUAUCAGCGCAUUCAGUAUAGAGCGUAGAAGUUAUCACACCCGACGACAAUCAUGUGGAGCUGAAAUGUAACACAAUCAAUUGUAAGCUAUAUAUAGUGGUGAAGCUCCCGUUUAUCUAUUUGAUCAGGCUGUAGAUAGAAACGUUCAGAAGUCCAGCUUGGCUGGCAUUGUUGCUGUAGUGUGGUACAACCGGUAAUUGUUCCUUCAGUGUUCUCCUUUGUAUUUUUCUGGAAUAAAUGAGACUGCCCUUCUUUGAGCUAGCAAA